AUGGUCAAUGAGAAUGACUUGGGUGCGGCUGACACUGUCCUACUGCCAUCCCGCGCUGAGGAACUGCCGAGCUGGCUCCACGAGUUGGGACGCUUAAGAUCAAAACUUAUUGGUGUACGCGGUGCACCCAUACGCCGCAUCGCUGAAGGCGCGAACCUGCUGGCCGAGCUUUUAACGGCAGGCGCCGUCAGCAUUUUUGGAUUUGGUGGCGCGGAGUUCUUCUUCUCCGACACACCCCGCUGGACAGUGCUGCACAGUGCUGGGGCUGCUGCAGCCGCCCUGCCGCCCGGCCUGCAGGUUCCGGCCCUCUGCCAAACCGAAGCUGGUCGAUUGGGCUGUGUACUGGAGAUCAGGGUGCCGGAGUUCCUUUCCUGCCCGCAACGCACCCUCACGACAACUCACACGGCUACCCGCGAAAAGGUCAAACACGGAAAGACCGCUCGCCGCCUCUGGGGCCUCGUUCUCCCACAGGCACCUAAGGCUGAGCUGCCCCUCCCUGCAGCUCCCCCCAAGUCAAGCCGACUUGGCCAGAGCCAGACAACGCCUGACGGCCAAUCUCCGGCAACGCCGCUGCUGCCGUCCCCGCUGCCGGUGGCGUGGCGGCACUUGCUGCACGACCUCGCAUUAUCCUGUCCAGCACCCAGAUGGCGGGCGGUGCUAUUGCCGUUAGGGCUGGACGGCCGACAUAUAGGGGCGCUGUUGUUGCUACUGCCAGCGCCGCUGCCACUACAACAGCAGGAGCAGCAGCCUCCCCGGGGUGCUACCGCCUGGGACGGGGCCCAGAGGGGCUCACAGGCGGUGCGAAUAGGGAGGGCUGCAGGCCGCGGAGGGACGGCUUUCCCUGCCAACAGUGGCAAUUUCGCCAGAGGCGGCGAUGGUGGAGAUGGUGGCGGAGGCGGAAGCGGCUGUGCCGAUGGCAGCUUCGGUCAAAAUCGCGGUGGUGCUGGUGGUGAUGUGAGCUUGCUGGAGAGUGGCCUGUUGGAGAUGGCGGAGUGUGUGGCGGAGUGCUGUUUGGGGCCGGCACUUCCCGUUGUGGAGCAGGUGUGUCUGGCGGCCGACGCACUGUCCUCCUCAGUGUCCCUUCAGGACUUAGCCGCACUGCUCACUGGCAGCAUGGCAUCCCUCCUGGCAGCUGAGUUGCACCUGGAGAUGGUAGUCAGGCUGGCGCUGCUGCCCACCCGGGACUCACCCACAGGGCUGCUGUUCUACGCCCCCCCAGCGGACCGCACUGCCAGCAAGAGCGGAGCCUCACCCCAGUCGCCCAGAUGUACCCUGCAGGGCCCAGCAACGGCCACAACCACCUCUGCUACUGCAACCCCGACGACCACAACUACUACCAACGCAACACAUAACGCGGCAGCUGCCGCUGCGGGUGGUUCGGUGUACAGCACCCAGCCGAGUGGUUCGUUCGCCCUGGGUUCAUCGCCGUUGUUGCAGUCGUCACCGCAGCAACACUACUAUCAGCAGCAGCUGCAGGGACAUCAGCACCAUCAGCACCGUCUGGGUAUGGUGACGGGGAGCUCAGAGCGGCCCUUGGCGGCGGAUCAGGGAGCGACUCGCGGUGGUGGCCAACACAACGGCAGGAGAAUCGUGGUGGCGCUGCCGGGGCCGGCUGGCGGCCGAGACGGCGGCUACUGCUCGGUGCCCUCCGGUCCCGCUGGCCUGGGCUCCGUCGCGGGCCCCGAUGACGACCCCUCCGGCACAGGCUUCACCCCCUGCCAGUCCACAGCGGACAACGCCCUGGCGCUGUCUUGGGCGCCCUUCAUGGUCAGCCAGGGCACAGGAAGCGUGCCCGGCGCUGCUGGAGGAGCUGGAGGCGGGGGAGGCACCACGGCGGGGCCGGCAUGGGUCACAGGCGGUGGAGUACCCGCUGCUGGAGCCAGCCCCUUCGCCACUUCUUCCACCCUCCUUACGGCGCUCCUUCAUGGUAAAAUCGGCGAGGGCCCCGGCGGAGCCCUACCGCCACCUCCGCCGCCAGGAACGCCAGUUGCCAUGGGGGGAGCUUCCAGUUACACUGACGGUGGCGGCAGCGGCGGCGCCGUAACCGGCCCUUUCGUUCAGCUUCGCUCUACUCUGGUCCCUGAUGUGCCCACAUGGCUACAAGACGCCACACAGCCCAGCGGCGAUGCCUUCAGUCUUGUGCGACGCGCAGGCGUGGCGGGCGGCCUGGCGUCGCUCAUAGCGUUAGUGAUGGAGCCCCUGGCCGACAAUGUCGCGAUAGCAGGAGUGACGGCCACUGAUGCCGUAUGCGGUGCCGUCGUACCCUCGCAGCAGCCGAGGCAGCGCGCCGCCACAGGGCCUCAGCCCUACACUGGCGGCGGCGCUGGCAGGACGUCAGGCAUCAGCAGCAGCAACACCGCUACUGUGGGACUGGCAGCAGCGACGGCGGCGGCUUCACCGAUGCGUACGAGCUGGCUGGGCCCGCGUCGUGAGCGCAGUUCGUGUGCUAGUGUGGAGGGCUUUGACAGCGUGUUUAGGACUGCCGCCGCCGGUGGCGCUGGCAGCGGCAGCGCCGCCGCCACCGCCGGCAGCAGCUCCCUUGGGACGGCAGUUUUGGGGUUGUAUCUGUACAGCAGCCUACCGCUGCCGCAAAGCUUCUUACAAGCGGCCCGGGAGCGCGCACUGGAUCUGCUGCAGGUCCUGGCUCCCGUGGCCCUCCGCUGUCUACACACGGGGCCGCUGGCUGACGAGUGGGCAUGCCUGUGGACCCAAGUGAUGGGAGGGGGCCCCCAAGGGGCCGCUCAGUGGUAUCCCUCCCUCGUGCCGGCCUCGUCUAUUGGGCUAGGACCGGCGGCGGCGGUGGCGCCGCUGCCAAGGGCUCCGGAGGGCGCGGCUGCGGUGGCAACGGAUCCCUUGGCGCUUGCUGUGCGUGCAGACGCCUCGUCGUCUGCCGCAAGCACGAUGACCGGCAUGGCAGGGGCGGCUGCGACAGCAGCGAUGGGAAUGGAGCAAGGAGCUGCAUCCCGAUCCAUUACCAGCGCCGGCGGCCGACAGACCCACGGGUCACUUAGCAGCAACAGCAGUCCUGCAGUCACCGUCACCGGUACUGUCACCACAGGCGCCGUAACGACUCCGAUGCCCUUCCAAACCCCUCCUCCAAGCCGCAAGCUCGUCUCCUCGCACACGAUCCCCCGGCGCAGUGUCCCACACGCCCGCCGCGCCUCUGCCGUCGCCAACCCCGCAAUCCCCCUGGAAACACCCGCCGCUGCCGCCUUAGCCUGCCGGGUCAUUAGCACCAGCGGCGCCGCGCUGCCCUCCGCCGGUUCCACGGGCUGCGACGCCAUGCUGCCAGCGCCGGCGCCGACAGUGUUUGUACGCGCCCCGGAUUGUGGAUUGAGCGAGCCGUACGACACAGCCCUCUUCAGUAGCUCAGGAAUCGUGGGCGACGUCAUGCCACCGGGCGACGGCACCGGCGCUGUCGCCGCCGCGCAGGAUCUGGGCCUGAUGGCCGCGGGUGGUCUGGGUUCAGGUUUUACGGGUGGCGUGACGGCGCCCGGCUUCGAGUCCGAGUGGCCUAGCAGCAUGACGCUGCUGACCCACACGGUGUCGGAUCUGGGUCCUGUGGCGCGGCAGCAGAACAUGGCGACGCUGGUAACGGCCUUCACGACGACGCUGUCGCGUGCGCGGACGGAUACCGAGCAGAUGGGCGGAGCCCAUGCCGAGGACGACAUCCGCAACCUGCGUAUCCUGCGCGCCAUCGGUCUGGGCGGCUGCAGCGUCGUGGUGCUGGCCCGACUGCACGCCAUGCCAGUUGCUGUCAAGGUCAUACUGCCGCUGGAAGACGAGGAGGAGGGGACCGCUGCAGGCGAAGCCGGUAAAGACGUGGCUCCAUUAACCGCCACUGCCGGUGAUCCCGUUGGCACUGACCAGCAGCAGCAGCAGGAACAGCAGCAGCAGGCCCCCUACGGGCGGUCCUCGUACAAGAGCCUCAUGUCGACCCCCUGGGCGGCGGUGGUGGCUGGCGAGGGCGGGAGUGACGGCGAGGCGGGGCGGGGGAAGAGCCUCCGUGCGGGUGUGCGAGCUCAGAGGCUGAACACUGCGAAACGGAGGUCGCGGCUGCAGGCUCUGAUGCGGGGUGCGAGGGAGCUGGCGGUGCUGACCACCAUCAGCCACCCGAACAUCGUGCAGGUGUACUCGUACUGUACCCGCGUUGUAAUCCGCGAGGAGGGGCAGGGGGUGGUUAAAUUGGAGGUGCAACCCGAGGGCGCGCCUGCGCUAGAUUGGCGAAUGCGGGGUCCUGCAGCUGGCGGUCUGAAGGCCUUUGCGGCUGUGUUUCUUCUGACGGAAUACUGCGACAUGGGCUCCCUGGCUGACUGCAUCGACACCGGCGCCUUCGCCCGGGCCGCCCGAGCCGCCGCCACUAUCCUGCUUCGCCAACAGCAACCUCAGCCCAACCUCAACGGCAACAGCAGCGGCCCUUGUCAGCCUGUCUCCUUACCGCUCCCGCCUCCUAACCCCUCCGCGAACUCCACCGCCGGCAGCCCCGCCAUGUGUGCUGUCUACCUCACGCUGGUGGAGGUGGCCCUGGCUCUAAGGCACCUCCACUCACUCAACCUGGUGCAUUGCGACGUGAAGCCCGCCAAUGUACUGCUGAGGUCGUCGGCAACCGACCCGCGGGGCUUCACCGCUAAGUUGACGGAUUUCGGCUUUGUGAAUCUGGUAGCUAGGAGCGAGGACGCUGCUUCUGCUGCUGCUGGCGGGGGACGGUCAGGGGAGGGAGGGCUGGCUAGCCCUGGAGCGGCGGAGUCAGAGCCUGUGGGGACGGUGACCCACAUGGCCCCGGAGCUGCUCCAAGGUUCUCCCCUUGACCCAAGUGCGGACAUUUAUAGCUUCGGCAUUCUGAUGUGGGAGGUCUAUACAGGCCGAGCUCCGUACAGCGCUUACGCGGAGAACGGUUUCGCGGCCGUCCCUCACAAAGUGCUCCACGAGGGGAUGAGACCCAAGUUCCCCCCGGAUACUCCAUCACACUUCAAGAGUCUGGCGGUGUCAUGUUGGUCUUCCGAUGCGUCCCAGCGGCCCUCUGCUUCAGAGCUGGCUUCGGGUUUAGGAUUAGGCAGCUGA